ACGCAGGGCUGUCAAUUUUGGUCAGAUGGCUGGAGUGAGAUUUUCAAUUCGAACUGAGGUCUCUCAUUAAGCUGCUGGUAUGAGAGAAGAUGAGGCCGUGUGAGACGUUUCCAUGGACCUGUUUCACAGCUUUGGUUUAUUUUAGCCAAUCGGCAGAAUCCUGGUCUCAGACUUGGCUGACAGCAGAUCCUCCGGGGACAGACGUGAUCCUAGGAGAGAAUGUUACUCUCACCUGUCGGGUCACUGGGUCUGAGGGAUGGAAAUAUAUCUGGACCAAAAGGACAAAAGGAGUCACCACUCAGCUUCUGGGCAGCAGUGGGCAAGAUGGUGAAACGUACAUCCUGCAACCUGUGAGAAAGUCUGACCGAGGACUUUAUCAGUGUAGGGGACUUAGAGGAAGUGAACUUUCUGACAGCAACUCUCACAGCCUGCGAGUGCACGAUGUAGCACAGCCUGUCAUACGUCAGAAUCCUCCAGGACCUGAGUGGUUCAGUGGAGAAACUGUGACCCUUGAAUGUGAUAUAAGAGGAGGAUCUGGAUGGAGAUAUUCAUGGGCCAAAGUAACCACACAGACACGACUGCAGAGUCUGACUCCCAGUAGUAAAGGAGGCAAGAACUACAUUGUCCAGUCUGCUAAAGUAUCUGACAGUGGAGAAUAUAUAUGUCAGGCAGAAAGAGGAAGUGAGCCAGGAUUUCAGUCUCAACCUGCAUCUGUAUAUCUCAGUAUAACGGGAGAGAAACCAGAAGCUGUUAUAACCUGGACAUCCCAUGAGGGAGAGACCUACACAGGAGAGAGGAUCAGUCUGAGCUGUAGGGUCAGGGGAGCCUCUUCUGGUUGGAAGUAUCUCUGGUACAAAGACAGACUGGGAACAGAACUGUCCAACCCUGACAACAGCAGGACUGAUGGGUCCAGUUACACCAUCAUCUCUGCUGCUCUGUCCCACAGUGGACAGUACUGGUGUCGGGCUCAGAGAGGGAGCUUUUACUCUCAGUACAGUGACCCUCUGCAGGUGGACAUUCAUGAUCUACCCCAAGCCCUGCUGACGCUGCAGCCUGGAUGGACAGACUUGUUUCCCACUGAAAACGUAACUUUGAGGUGUGAACUUCCGGGUGACUCUACACAGUGGGAGUAUAAAUGGUACAGAGAUGGACAGGAGCUUCCUGCAGAUGAGAGUGACUCCAGCAGCGUGAAUGAAGAUACUUACAUAAUCCUGUCUGCUAAUCUGUCUCAUGCUGGGAGAUAUCAGUGUUCAGGGAGACCCACAAGGGCUGCAGGCUUCCCUCCUAUCAGUAACUCCAUUCUGCUCUCUCUCUACACCACUGUUCCAGAGUCGCUAAUUUCCCACCACAAUUUCAGCGGAGACAUUUACACAGGGGACAGAGUCACCUUGAGCUGUGUGGUUGAAGGAGGUUCUGUUGGCUGGAAGUAUCUCUGGUACAAAGACAGACAGGGAACAGAACUGUCCAACCCUGACAACAGCAGCACUGAUGGGUCCAGUUACACCAUCAUCUCUGCUGCUCUGUCCCACAGUGGACAGUACUGGUGUCGGGCUCAGAGAGGGAGCUUUUACUCUCAGUACAGUGACCCUCUGCAGCUCGACAUUCAUGAUCUACCCCAAGCCCUGCUGACGCUGCAGCCUGGAUGGACUGACUUGUUUCCCACUGAAGGAGUAACUUUGAGGUGUGAACUUCCGGGUGACUCUACACAGUGGGAGUAUAAAUGGUACAGAGAUGGACAGGAGCUUCCUGCAGAUGAGAGUGACUCCAGCAGAGCAGAUAGAAACAUUUACAGGAUCCACUCUGCUGGUCCAUCCCAUCCUGGGAAAUACCAAUGUUCUGGAAGACCUACAAGGAGAACAGUCAACUCCCCAAUUAGCAACCCUAUUACUCUGACUGUGAAUUGGGAAAUCCCAAAGCCGGAACUAUCCCUCGAUUCCUCACAUGGAGAGACCUACACAGGUGAGAGGAUCAGUCUGAGCUGUAGGGUCAGGGGAGCCUCUUCUGGCUGGAAGUAUCUCUGGUACAAAGACAGACAGGGAACAGAACUGUCCAACCCUGACCACAGCAGCACUGAUGGGUCCAGUUACACCAUCAUCUCUGCUGCUCUGUCCCACAGUGGACAGUACUGGUGUCGGGCUCAGAGAGGGAGCUUUUACUCUCAGUACAGUGACCCUCUGCAGGUGGACAUUCAUGAUCUACCCCAAGCCCUGCUGACGCUGCAGCCUGGAUGGACAGACUUGUUUCCCACUGAAAACGUAACUUUGAGGUGUGAACUUCCGGGUGACUUUACACAGUGGGAGUAUAAAUGGUACAGAGAUGGACAGGAGCUUCCUGCAGAUGAGAGUGACUCCAGCAGCGUGAAUGAAGACACUUACAUAAUCCUGUCUGCUAAUCUGUCUCAUGCUGGGAGUUAUCAGUGUUCAGGGAGACCCACAAGGGCUGCAAGCUUCCCUCCUAUCAGUAACGCCAUUCUGCUCUCUCUCUACACCACUGGGCCAGAGUCAAUACUUUCCCGCCACGAUUUCAGCGGAGUCACCUACACAGGAGAGAGGAUCAGUCUGAGCUGUAGGGUCAGGGGAGCCUCUUUUGGCUGGAAGUAUCUCUGGCACAAAGACAGACAGGGAACAGAACUGUCCAACCCUGACAACAGCAGCACUGAUGGGUCCAGUUACACCAUCAUCUCUGCUGCUCUGUCCCACAGUGGACAGUACUGGUGUCGGGCUCAGAGAGGGAGCUUUUACUCUCAGUACAGUGACCCUCUGCAGCUCGUCAUUCAUGCCCAUCCACAGGCUGUUCUGGCUGUGCAAAGUGGAAUUAUACAGAUUUUGACCAAAGACAGUCUGACGCUGAGGUGUGAGGUUGAGGGAAGCUCUGUUGGAUGGAACUACACAUGGUACGCAGAUGGAUCUCAGCUUCAUGAAGACCAAGAUGGACAGACAUUCACUGUGAGAUCUGGGAAUGCCACCUUCGAUAGGGAAUACAAAUGCAGAGGGAACAGAACUGAAAAACCAUUUUAUUCUACAAUCAGCAAUGGGUUGGUGCCAAAUCUUAUUGUGCUGUUCCAUAUUUUGGUGAUUUUCACUUCUGGUUUCGUGCUCCUCAGCGUGAUAACGCUGACCAUCGUUUGCCUCAUACGGCGUAGGAAAUCAGGACAAAACAAGAAGAUGCACGACAAUGAGCUGUAUGUUUCUUCUCUCGGCAUGGAAAGACUCAAUGUCGGAAAACGUACUACUGCCAUUUAUGAGGAAAUAGACGACGACCCUGGAAAAGGUCAUCAAGAACAAUUUGGUUCCGGUCUUUAUUCUACUCUUCAGAUACCACAUUAAAACAAGGGAUUAAGUGGCAAUUCUGUAAUAUUUAAUAUUUAUCAUUGUAACACAUGACACGAAUAAUACAGUAUCAUGCUAUUACUUAUGAAUUAAUUAACCACGAACUAAGCUUUACAUACUGAUCUCGUGUUAGUUCAUCAUUAAGGAAUCGUGAUGCACGUUUUAUUUCAAGCAGUCACAUGUUUUACUAUAUCUGUUAAUUCCUUAAACCUUUGUGAACCACUGAAGGAACAAGUGACGGAUAACACAAGAACACAAGCGAAAUACUGAUCUCACGUUUGUUCACCAUUCAUGAGUCGUGAUGCAUCUUUUAUCUCCAGUAGCAAUUAUAUUUGUUUGAGAUUUGCACUUCACUAGUAACUGAGUCAUUACUAAGUAUUUGUGCCCCGUCGAGUACAGUGUGAAUAUCAUUCAUCAUCAAAUAUCAGCCCAUAGCUGAUAAGGUGGACCUGCUUCAUCGUUUUGACACUUUAGAAAAGUCUUGACCUAUUUUUCGUCUUUGUAGACAGUACACCUGCUUACACAAUGUUCCCCUCUGCCUGUAUCGCUCUAGACUGCACCUCUUUCCUGCUGAUUUGUGGCUUAUGUGAAGAACUGAAGCUUACACUGAUAAAGGACAGGCCUGCUUUCUGUACGGAAGGUCACAUUUCCCUUACGCUUACAAGAACAUGUGACUCUUGUUUGACUACAGUACUGGUUGUAACUCAUAGGUUUAUACAUGUUCCAGUUAAGCAAAAAAAAAUUAUAAAAAUGUGUGGUUUCUGAAAGAAACCGGUGCUAAAUGUAGCUACCAGCAUCUGUCAGACAAUCUUACAUGGUGAAAAAAUGUCACUGAAAAGUUUGUCACAAAUAAGUAUGAUGUACUAAAGUAAGAAAAACAGAGCACAUGCAAAUUAUAAUGUAAUAUUCUGAUUUUGUUCAAGUAGAUAAAAUAAUUUAACAGAGUAUGUAAAUGUAAUAUCAACAAUCUACAAUUUAACAGGGAGUAGGUCCUCUGCUUCCAAAGGGCUUCAGUCCUUCUAGGAAUGCUGCCAUGCAGAUCCACAACUGUGUGUAGUUAGGUACUGGACCAUUCUUUGAGAAGAAGAGAAUCCAGGCCUUUGAGGGAUGAAGGAGAUGGAGUUCCACUUCACACUCUGCAUCCCCAAACUUCCAGCAAAGGAUCACGAUGUUUAUAUCUGCCGUUGGUCAUGGGAAGGAUCUGACCGCCCUGCAAGUGAAACUAAAAGAACCACUUCUUUCAUUUUUUUACUGAAUUGAAAGGCUUUAUGUUCCUGGUUUUGUUAAUAUUAGAUAUGAGAAAUGUGUAACAUUUACUGUAAAUAAAAACAAAAACACAAGUUCCAUAUAUAACCAUA